AUGAAGCGGUCUGUUCAUGCGGAAUUCCCGGAUUACUCACUGAGAUACACACAUCCAAAUCUAUGUGAUACAGGCACUAAACAGACAUCUGGCUAUUUUGAAUUGCCAAGCGGAAAGAACUUUUUCUUUUGGUUCUUUGAGAGCAACAACGACCCUGCUCAUGAUCCAACAUUGCUAUGGAUCAACGGUGGUCCUGGCUGCUCAUCCAUGAUGGGCUUAUUUAUGGGCAUUGGACCGUGUCAUGCCAAUAACAAAGGCGACGGCUUAUUGCGCAAUUCACAAUCAUGGAACCAAGUAGCCAACAUCAUUUAUCUCGAUCAGCCUGUCAAUUCGGGCUACUCGUAUCAGGAAAAUACCACAGUGCCUCGCAUUAACGAUAGCAACACGGCUGCUCAUGAUGUUUAUGUGUUUCUACAGCUAUUCUUUAAGGAAUUCUCGCAGUUCUCUGAAUCGGAUUUCCAUAUUGCUGGUGAAUCAUAUGCAGGGCACUUUUUACCUGCCAUUGCAACUGCCAUCACAGAGAAAAACGCAGAGACACCGCAUUCACCCAUUCAGCUAAAGAGCCUCAUCAUUGGCAAUGGAUUGACAGACCCUUUGCAACAGUACAAGUAUUACAGAUCCAUGGCCUGCGAAGAAUCAGCUUAUGGAACCCUUGUGUCGUCCUCUGAAAAAUGCGAUGAAAUAGAAUUGCAUCAACAUGAAUGCCAAAAACUGAUAGAAUCAUGCUAUAGAAACUCAAACAUCACCUCCACUCCAUUCGCCGAGAAAUCAACAGAUACUUGUCUUUUGGCGUCUAAGGUAUGCAACGCACUCGUUGUUCAGCCCAUCCUGAACGACUUGAAAUUAAACAUGUACGAUAUUCGGAAACAAUGUCAAAGUGGGCCCUUGUGUUAUGAUUACUUUGCUGCAGUUAAAACAUAUCUAGAUCGUUCGGACGUUAAAAAGGCAUUGGGUGUCAAAUCAUCCCUUUCGUUCGAAUUGUGUAGUCAUAAAGUCAACAUGGACUUUCAGGUUGCAGGCGACUGGAUGAGGCCAUAUGUCCAUCAGAUACCCGCUCUAUUGAACAGCAACAUCUCGCUACUGGCUUAUGCUGGGGAUGCAGACUUGAUGUGCAAUUGGAAGGGCGUACGUGCCUGCACCAUCAAUGUACCUUGGUAUGGUCAUCUCAAGUACUCUCAACAAGAGGAUGCCGAUUGGUACUCGAAUGGAACGGCUGUUGGUACUAUCAGAUCAAGUGAAUCGUUGACUUUUUUGAGAUUGUUUCAUGCUGGCCAUAUGGCACCGUACGAUCAACCUCAAGUGACAUUGGAUAUGUUUAGUCGAUGGAUCUCGGGUAAAAUAUUAUAG